CAAAGCAUUUACACAGCUGAACUUUCGAAAUCGUGUGUGAAGAAAAGGCAUUCUUUAGCAAUCACUUCGCUCGUUGAAAGCCCUUGUAAGUCGUAGAAAAAGGAUUUAAAGCCAGUCGGAAUGUUAAAUGACAUUUGGAAGGUUGUUCCUCUCUGAUAAGCGAUGAGUUCCGGAAAUAGUGAAACUAAUUUUACCAUCGACGGAAGAAUUGUCGACGGCGUUGCCUCUGAAAACAUCGUUUUCGCAACGAUUUACUCAAUCAUUGUGUUUUUUGGUGUGAUUGGCAACGGUGUUGUGAUCGCCAUCGUGUGUAAAACGCGAUCCAUGCAUACAACAACAAACUAUUUGCUGGUGAACUUAGCCCUGGCCGAUUUACUGUCACUGUUGUUCUGUCCGGGCUUUUAUGAUUUCUCUUUACAUAACGUAAGACUGAGUCAAACCAAUGGAGAUUUCAUUUGCAAGGUGUUUGCAGGAAAUGCAGUGCUCUCUGUCACUGUUCUAGAGUCUAUUUUCACAUUGAUGGUCAUAGCUGUGGAAAGGUACUUUUCUCUCGUGAAACCAUUUAACACAAAUGCAAGACUUGGUAAAGGAAACGUCCGUCAUGCAAUUGUCGCAACGUGGGUAUCAGCGUUGCUACUAUGUUUACCAGGAUUUUUAUCAAACGACUACGAUCCAGAGGCUAGAGCAUAUCCUUGUAAUCGACCAUGGACUCUCGAUCGACUCACGCCGUUUAAAAGGACGUAUAUAAUUGUAUUUUGCAGUCUGUUUAUUGUGAUGCCCACAGUUGUGACUCUGUUUUGUUACUGCUCUGUUUUCUAUGGAAUACACUUUAAGAAAAACAUCUGUUGUGAAAACUCCGCUGAAAGUGGGGAAGCGGAAAAAUCCAAGAAACACCUUUUAAAGUUACUCGUCUCUCUCGCUGUAGCUUUUGCUGUUUGUUGCAUGCCGUUUGCAGUGUUCUUUAUUUACGUCUCCCUUAUCUCAAAGAGUACACUUAAACAAAAUGACGACUCUCUUCACCUUGUACACCGAGUGGUUCGCUUUUUUCUUAUUCUCAACUCUUUUAUCAAUCCUCUCCUUUACGCAGCGCAAAGUUCUAACUACAGACAAGGACUGAGGAGAAUUAGCCGACGCUUUUUAAAAACACGUUCAAACAGAGUGGCAGAAAAUAAUCAAGAACAUUUAGAACUCGGCGAAUAGAGGAAAUUUCUUGCACUCGUAGAAGUAACCUGAGUUUAGAGUUUUUUGGUAAAUUCAUGCUGCUUUAGUAGUAAAAACCAUCGCAAAGAUAUGGAAGCUCAAUAUUGCUAUCUUUCGCACCCAAUUUCUUCAAUUAACAUUGAUAAAGACGAUGAAAUCUGAGGAUAUGCAUUGGUGAAGGGAACAAGGAAAAUCAAUUUUUCCCUCUCGAGGAAGUUGUUCGAAAAUACACAAAUGUGAAAGCUG